CUCCAGUAAGUAGUGAUGAUGUUGUGGUUAUCCAUGCCGCCGACACCUCUCUGAGUGUUAUCUUGCUCAGAAGACCGUCGGGGAGAGCCGUCCACGCAUGGAGUUGAGCUCGGACUCUGCGGUGGCAGCACUGGACAUGUCGCAGGUCAAAAGCAAAGACGAUGAGCCUUUCGGGGUGGACGGUGACUAUGAGAGCUUGCCACCUCAUGUCUCAGUGGCGACCCACAUGACAGCAGGAGCCGUGGCUGGCAUACUGGAGCACACGGUGAUGUACCCCGUGGACUCUGUCAAGACAAGGAUGCAGAGCCUGCAGCCAGACCCAAAUGCACAGUACAGGAGUGUCUACCAGGCUCUGAAGAGGAUCAUCCAGACAGAGGGGGUCUUCAGGCCGCUGAGGGGCCUCAACAUCACAAUGAUGGGAGCGGGACCUGCACAUGCGCUCUACUUCGCCUGCUACGAACGGGUCAAACGCUCACUCAGUGACGUCAUUCAGAGUGGAGGCAACAGCCAUUUAGCCAAUGGUAUUGCAGGUAGUGUGGCCACCGUUCUCCACGAUGCAGUCAUGAACCCAGCUGAAGUGAUUAAGCAGAGGAUGCAAAUGUACAACUCGCCAUAUCGAGGACUUUGGGACUGUCUCCAAACAGUAAGGCGCACUGAGGGUGUGAGAGCCUUCUACCGCAGCUACAGCACUCAGCUGACCAUGAACAUCCCAUUCCAGGCUGUUCACUUCAUCACUUACGAGCUGAUGCAGGAACAGUUAAACCCCCAAAGACAUUACCACCCUGGCACCCACAUAGUGUCAGGAGCAGCAGCAGGCGCCGUUUCCGCAGCAAUAACCACUCCACUUGACGUUUGUAAAACUCUUCUCAACACACAGGAGAACGUAGCACUAAACUCCAUGAACAUCAGCGGCCACUUAUCGGGAAUGGCUAAUGCCUUCAGGACAGUGUACCGGCUCGGUGGUCUGGCGGCCUUCUUCAAAGGGGCCCAAGCUCGGGUUAUAUACCAGAUGCCCUCCACUGCCAUUGCCUGGUCAGUGUACGAGUUCUUCAAGUACUUCCUGACGAAGCAGCAACCGAAACAGGCGGCAAGACCUGGACCAAUGUAAUGGAAAUGUGUCGGAGCAAACCACACCUAGACUGGAACCGAUGAAAGAAGACUCCAGCCUGAAGCUGUGCGAGCUCACUGUGUGCUGUCUGAGGAAAUAACAGCACUUAUUGUCUCACAGGGAAGUUGUCAUGGUCAAGGAGUGGCAGAGGAGGACUGCCCAUUGUUGUUCACUUACCGUAAUCUGUGUGCAUUCUCAAGUCAAGAUGAUGUUACACAACCAGGAUAUGCAGCAGAGAUAACUAUCCUUUGAAGGACAGAUACACAAUGACGUCAUCUUCCUCCUCCUCCUCUCCGCCACGUUGCAGACUGUCUUUUCUACAUGUGGAGGCCGUAUAAUUAAGAUGUCCUCAAUGAUGUUUAUAGUUCUCGAUAUUGGAACUUUUUUAUUUAUUUGGUUAGCUUUCAGAGGCUUGUAUUUUACGGAUGUGGAAGAAACACAAUGCUGUUUGUUUUAUUUCAUUGUGUAUUUAUUAAAAAAAACAACAACAUUACAACACAUUCCUCAUUUUCACUCCACAGUGAACGGAACAGUGACGCUUUCCAAGUGCCUCAUAAAUAUGAAACUAUUUUCCUGGGUUCAAGCUCUAGCAAGGAAACAUACUAUUCUGUUAUGAGAUCCAAUCUUACAGCACUCUUUAUGUCAUAACUGGUCAAAUCUAACGAGUGUAACUGAAUGCUGUUUUUUAAUUAUUAUCUCUGCAUCUAAUGGUCAAAUGUCAGUCUGCAGCAAACCUAUUUUUGUCUCACUUUUUUUUUUUUUUUUUUUGUU